AUGGAGAGAAUUAAUGACAAUCUAUACAUGCAAAAGCUUGUGGUAAAAGAUAUAAAGCGUGUCCCCGGGCUGAUAUGGCACACGCAGGGAAAUCAAUUUUUGAUAGAACUAAAGACCCUCCAAAAACAGCAUCUAAUAGUUAGCGAAAUAUUACAAAUGAUGAACACAAUAUUUAGCCCGCAAAUUUUUGCUAUUGUAGUUAUAUCUCUUAUUGAAACCACUAUUGAACUAUACUUCUAUGUAGUGGACUGGAAAGAUGGAGUAUUCAUUAACUUAAAUUGGCAGAUUUUUGAUGUGCUUUUAACAUCCAUGUUAUUUUAUAUUAUGAGAAUAACACUACUUGUAUGGGCUUGUGAAACCGGAAAGAAUCAAGCUCAAAAAAUCAACACCACAAUUCACGACGUACUUAAUAGCUCCAGCGACGAACAAAUUAAAUAUGAGUUGCAGUUAUUUUCUUUACAAAUUCUGCAUUGCAAGAACAUAUUUUCGACGAAAGCUUUCACUAUGGAUGCAUCGCUUCUCACGACGGUAAAUAAUCAAUUAUUUGUUUUAAUUAAUAAAAUGUACAUUAUUCACUUUUUACUACUAUUUUCAGAUGGUGAGCAGCAUCACAACAUAUAUGUUAAUUAUCAUACAAUUUUUUAUCAUGUCACAUUCCUGUGA